GAUACGGCGGAGGGAGUUGAUGUAAUGUUUGCUUUAUAAACCAUUGUCCGAUGGUACCGAGGGUAUCAAAACCAUUUCAAACAUUACCCAGUGCAGUCUACUUCCUUGUGCUGUUUGUGGAAUCGUAACAAACAACAAAACACACAUUUCAAAAUGAAGUUCUUCGUGUUCGUCGCUUCGCUCAGUGCAGCAGUGGCUAUGUUCGGAGCGCAUGGUGCCGUCGUUCCAGUGGCACCGGCCGUAGCCGUUAGCACCAACUACGAUCCACUGCCGCAGUACACCUAUGCGUACAACGUGCAGGACGCUCUGACGGGCGAUAGCAAAAGCCAGCAAGAGACGCGAGAUGGCGACAUCGUACGAGGCUCUUACUCGCUGGUCGAACCAGACGGCACGCUGCGUACGGUCUUCUACACUGCCGAUCCCGUCAAUGGGUUCAAUGCCGUCGUACAGCGUGGUCCGCUCGUACCGAAGGCAGUCGUGCCGGUAGCGGCCGGUCCGGCCAUCCUUGCACCGGCUCCCGUGGCCCGAGUGUUAGGCUAAGCGUUCCAGUAAGAUGAACGUCUAAUGUAGGAUAAUUUAGCUCGAUUUGCGUUAGCCAUCGUUGUUUGUUGUGUUGUGUAUAGACUGAAAUAAAAUAAACGUACCCAAUGUUAUUACCAGCAAAAGUAGCCAUGCAGAAUGGUUUGUUCGUUUAUUCGUAAACAUUUACGUCGGCACUUUGCCAUACGCUCAAGGUUGUCUCGGCCAUCGGAACGAAAGUUGUAGUAUUGAUUCUACCAACUAGGGAUGUUUUGGCUAAUUAGCUGGAGAUAUACAUUGAUUUGGCCUGCAGUUGAUUGGAUGUGGCGCAAUACUGCACAUCCAUUUACGCUAAAGCUUAUGAUUUAAAGCUCUUUGAUCGUGCCCGUAAUCAUGUGCUGUGAAAAUGAGUGAUUACUGGUUACGCAAAACUAAAGCACAGACAUUGAACGCUUUGAAAUUAAAUUAUUAACCGUUCUGUGUACCAUAGACAAUAUUUGUAGGUUCUAUAGUUGAUCGGUUUAAUAAAAAAAAAGCUUUCUGUUCACUUCA